AUGUACCAGAGGGGCGUCAGCGCCUCAGAUCUCGGUUGGCCAUUCAGUCGCCUCAAGACCGUGCAAGUGCUCAUCCCCGACCGCCCCUCGUGCCGCUCACUCCGCUCCCCCUGGCUGCUGCUGUGGCUGUCCACUAUCGUGGUCUUCUGCUUCGUCCAAGCACUGAUGGUCUACCGCUACUCGUGUAGUGGAUCUGCAAUCGACCUCAAACGACGAGUCGUCAACUGCUACCACAGAGCAAGACGUGGCGGCACCAGCCGAGCAGGAACAUCAGCAGCAGCUGCGGCUGACGGUGCGGCGGCGAACGACGCCAUGGCCCCGCUGUAUGGGUCGUUCCGAGGUGUCAAGGACCUGACCGAGAUCCCCGCCCUCUCCCGUCAGCGGGACAGCGGCACAUCAUCAUCAUCCCUUUCCCUUCCCCCCUGCCCCCCCGACCUCCCACAGCCCUUCUACCCCCUCCUGUACUCCCCCAACGUGAGCGAGCCGCCACUGCCGCCCCUCCCCGGCCGCUCCAAGAUCAACCGCAUGGACGCAUCCGACGAGAGGCGGCCACGGCGAGUCACAUGGACAGACUACUUCGACUAUCGGUAUGACUGUGGUGACCCGAGGCGGCCUCCCGGGCUGGCCAGCCAGCACCCGAGUGUGAGUGGCGGCAGCCUGGGCGGCCUGUCGAGUCCACACGCGUGGCGGUUCUACACGGUGGACGAGGAGCACCCCGUGUGGAUUCUCGAGUGGGGGCACUCCAUUGGCGGCUUUGGGGGCGACAGACAGUUUGGCUGUGACGUGCCCUGCAGGCUGACGCACGACAGGUGAGUGAUCUACAUGACACUGACACACGCAAUGGGGAUGUGGGGUCACAGUGGGACCAUGGACCAUGUGUGUGUGUGUGUGUGUAUGGCGCAGGAGUUGGGCGGAGAACGGCAAGGCUGACAUAGUGGUGUUUGGUCUUCAUCUCGAGAACGAGGUCGAAACCCUCCAAAAGUCGGGCAAGAAGAAACCGCACCAGGUGGGCCACUCUGCUCUUGCUCUGAUCGGGCCUGCACGUGCUGACGGCGUCCGUCACAUUUGUGUGCGUGCAUCUGUGUGUUACUCCUUCAUCAAUCAGUACUAUGCGGUGACGUCACUUGAGAGCGACGUCAACUACCCCUCACUCAAGGACAAAAACAACCUCAAGUGAGAGGGGAGGGAGGGCCGCGGAAACACACUCACUCAACGUAUGUGUCGUUUGUUUGUCUGUCCAUCUGAUAGGCGCUUCGACCUGAAGACGACGUAUCACCUUGACAGCGAUGUGCCGAGGAUAUACUUCGGGUACCGUGGCUACGACUGGAUGCUCCCGCCACGGGCAAAGCGGAAAGACAGACUCGUCAGCUUCGUCGCAUCUAACUGCACACCAAAGUGACCCACUCACUCACACAAACCCACACCCACACCCCGUGCCAUUGCCCACCUGGUGUCUGUCUGUCUGUCUGUGGUGUUUGCUCCUGAUGUCAUUCAUGUCAGGAACGGCCGUACGGACUUCGUCAUGUCGCUGUCGCGGUACAUCUCAGUGCAGUCGUUCGGUCACUGCCUGCGCAACGCCAACCCCAACGACGUGUUGGAGACGCCCAUCCACAACGACCGGUGGCACGAGAAGGUCGUCAUGCUACAGCACUUCAAGUUCAACGUCGCAUUCGAAAACUCUGACACACCCGACUACGUCACAGAGAAGUUCGGCCAGGUUAGGUUUGUGGUGUUGAGGCAGCUGGAGAGAGGGGAGGUGCACCGUGGAAAUCAAUGGUCCUGUGUGUGUGCAUCAGGCUCUGGUGGCUGGUACGGUGCCGAUUGUCAAGAGCCGUGCGAACAACUACGAGACGUUUGCGCCUCACCCGCACUCAUACAUCGUGGCCGAUGACUUUGAGUCACCGAAGGUGAAACAAACAUACAGUCAGGAAAAAAGUCCCCUACCUACCUAUCGUCCAUGAUAUGAUAUGAUAUGAUCACCGCGUUCCAUGUCUCUCUCCAUGCAUGCCGUGCAGGCCUUGGCCGAGUAUUUGUUGUACCUGAACGAUCACGACGAGGAAUACGACAAGUAUCUCGAGUGGAAGAGGGUAGGUCCAGCACGCCCCGCCACGCCACGCCACGCCAAGCCAAGUCACCUCAUCCCUCUCGCUCACUUAGUCAGUCAACUGUACUUCCUGUACGUUGCCUUUGUGGGUGGUGUCAUGUAGGUUGGCCCAAGCGAGUCGUUCCGUCGUCUGCUGGAGCUCAACAUCCCCGACAGCUCCUGUCACCUGUGCAGAUUCGCGGCCCUUGCACGGGACAUAGACGCGGGGUACGUCAACACUGACGCCAUACCGCCAGGCCAGACCAGCUAGCACCACGGGGGAGGGGAGGGGUGAGCGGAUGGGAGGGGUCCGGCGCGCUGCCGGUGUGCUGUUUCCACACACGCCUUGGUGAUCGUCGAGGCGAAUUUUGCCCGGAUGCAUCGCAUGGGCAGGCACAAUGCUGCCUGCCUGCCUGCCUGAUCGGGCCAUGUCUGUCCCUGUGUGUGACCUAGCUGUAGACAAUGAUCGAUGGCUGUCUGUCUGGUUAUCGAUUCACUAGUGAUUGGAUGGAAAGUAGUUUAGAGUGUGCCGACAGACAGAGAGAGAGAGAGAGAGAUGAGGGGUGAGUGGAGUCGCUCACUCGGCUUUCGAUAAUAAUGAUAAUGCUCCAGCUGUGGAUAGACAGGACAGGUAAGGUAAGGUAGGCCGUAGAGACCUUGUUUGUGCAUAUCCAUACACACGCACAACACAGGGAGGGAGCUAGAGCUGGCCGAGCCGAUCGCCUGUGUGUACAGACAGACACGGUGUGUCCGUGCCGUGCGUGAUUUCGACCCUCCAUGCCUUCUCACUCAUUGGCUGCUUCUCAGGUCAAUCUGAUGGCAUCUUCAAGCAAGAUUCAUGGCAUGAAUGAAUUGUCUGUCACGUCA